AUGCCGGCAACCGUGCCGUCGGCUCACCAUGAUACCGAGAUGAGACCGCCCGCAGAUGUGGUGGAUAGUGACCAGGAUGCCGAAGGGGAGGAAGAAGAGGACGGCGCCGACCUAUAUACCAUGGAUCAACAGCUCCAGGAUGCUGUUCACCGGGCAUAUUCCGGGGAGGAAACCGGGGACAGCGAGAAGGUCGAUCCCGGGGAGCAAGUAGAUGCGGAAGGAGUCCCCGAUACCGAGCUACAUUUAGAAGGGGAAAUCGAUGAAACCGAACCGGUUGGUGCUGUCAAGCUGCCGGAGGGGGUGCCUUCUCCCAGCAAUGAGGAUUUGGCGGCUGGCUCUGCCGACGCCGAUUCGGCAUUCGAUAAUCAAAGCGACAGCGAUGGCUCGAGCUCGUCACAUAGUCAGGAGUCCGAUGUGGAUGAAGAUUGGGAAGAAGGGAGUCAUGAGAAUGAAGAUGGGGAAGCGGACAAUAACACAGUGCGCGGGAAUUGCGUAUUUUGCCAUCAAGACGAGGAUAACGAUCCGAGUGAGGAGUUUGAGGAAUAUCUAACAUGUGCAGUCUGUGGCGAUCACUCUCAUCGGCAAUGUGCCCGCGAACAAGAUGCAUUAGAAGAUGCAGAAGAUUCGAGUUCCUGGAGAUGUCUUGCCUGCGUGCGUGAGAAUCUGGAACCGGGAACUGCAGAACCUGGUUCCCAUCAGCGAAAAUUGGGGCCUAGGAACAUGAGCAAAGAGCUUCUACCCGCACAUGUCGGGGAAGAAGGCUCUGGAUUCCACUCCAUCUUCAACACUGUUAAUGUCAAUGAUGAUCUUCUGAAUAGCUCCCGCUCGCUGCGGAAGCGUAAAGCUUCGUCGGUCGAAGCUGCUGAACAGACUCCAAUGCUUCGGAAGAGACAGCGACAGUCAUUGCGGCCCGAGCCUGCCGAUGACCCGAUGGCCGCGACCUCGGACACGUUGUCGCCUGUUCGCACUCGCUCUCGACGCACGCGCGCGGGCGAAAAGGACGCCUGCCGUGUUCUAUUGAAGCAGUUCGGGCGACUCGUUAUGGCUUUCCGCCUCAACGAGACAAAACUUUCCAGAAUCCUCAAUUCACGCAGCAGAUCGCAGAUUAAGACCCGGAAAGUUCCUAAACCACCGCCUGCCGUGCAUGAGGCCCAGGCACAUUUCGCACCAAUCACAUCAACCUCCUACGUAUCGCCAUUCUAUUCGUUCAACGACCGCGAGACCGACGAAUCGAAAUCCAAACCUUACGGUGGCAUUCUAUCGGAGACUGAUGCGGACACGACCAAGACCCUGCCGUUGCAUCCGGACCGCGAAAGAUUCGAAGUGGCGCGCCAAAAAGCCGAGGAGGAAUGGCAACUACGGGCCAUAGAGGCUGAGAGUAGUGGCGAACCCUUCCAGCACGCAUCGCAGAAGGUCUCGGGGCCUCCGUCCAAGAUCAAAUGCAUUAACUUUGGCGGGUACGAGAUCGAAACCUGGUACGCCGCGCCGUAUCCCGAGGAGUACAGCCGCAAUCGAGUUCUGUUCAUCUGCGAGUUCUGCUUGAAGUACAUGAAUUCUGAUUAUGUCGCCUGGCGCCACAAACUCAAAUGCCCGGCGAAGCAUCCUCCUGGGGAUGAAAUCUACCGGGAUGGGUCAAUCUCCAUCUUUGAAGUGGAUGGGCGCAAGAAUCCGGUGUAUUGCCAGAAUCUUUGUCUGCUCGCCAAAUUGUUCCUCGGGUCCAAAACGCUCUACUAUGAUGUGGAGCCGUUCCUCUUCUAUGUCAUGACCGAGUAUGACGACCUGGGUUGUCAUUUCGUGGGGUAUUUUAGCAAGGAGAAACGGCCAAGUUCGGCGAACAACGUCUCCUGUAUCCUCACCCUCCCUAUCCACCAGCGCAAAGGCUACGGCAAUCUUCUCAUCGACUUCUCCUACCUCCUCACGCGCAUCGAGGGCAAGACGGGGUCCCCGGAGAAACCACUCUCCGACAUGGGUCUUGUCUCCUAUCGAAACUACUGGCGCCUCAUCCUUUCCUACAAACUGCGUGAUCAGACAAAACCACUUAGUAUAGUGGACCUCUCCGAGCGCACGGGAAUGACGGCGGAUGAUAUCGUGUCCGGCCUGGAAGCCUUACGCGCCCUCGUCCGAGAUCCAGUCACGAAGUCCUACGCUCUUCGUCUCGACUACAAUUACUUCGAAGAGUGUAUUCGCAAUUGGGAGAUCAAAGGCUAUGUGCAGCUGAAUCCCGACGCUCUGGUCUGGACCCCGUACGUCAUGGGCCGAAGCAAUCAAUCACAAUUCGAUCGGGCGCCACUCCAUGCGGUCGCUCCACGAGAGGGCCUAGAGGAGGAAGAGGAAGAAGAAGAGGAAGUCGAGGAUGCUAAAGAGUCGGGAAAUGAUGAGGAGCAGAACUUCAAGCCAAAUGGCGAGGUCUCCGCUCUCCCAGCAGUCAACGGUGCCAAGCAGGUUGAACCGGAGGAAGUCUUUACCGAACCAGCUGGACCUCCCUCAACGAACGCUCUUUCAAAUGUCAACGGUUUUCGUCAUGAGAGCACAACUUCUACCGACCCCAAUGCCCCUGCGGAAACGAUUCCCUCCAACGAGAUUCCGGCCUGGCGAUUCGAGAUCUACCCACCUGUCCAAGCGCCUGUUUUGAAACGACGCCCUGGCCGGCCUUUCGGGAGCAAGACCACAUACGGCAAGGUCACGGUCACUCCAACAACUACACGAACCAGCGGUCGCAGUACGCCGAAAAGAACUUCCGUUUUGAACUCGGCGACUCCGACCGCGAAUCCGUCGAGCGUCAGGCGGGGUCGCAGCGCAAAGCUCGCUGAUUCUCCUGCCACGGAGCAGAUUGAUGGCACUACCAAUGGAAUUGAAACCGAGCGAGUGCAGGUCUUCGAGGAUGCUACUGCCGGAGAAGAACCAGAGCCCGAUCCCGAACUAGAGGCGGCGCCACCGGCAGUGGACGCUGGAACUAGUCAUACGGAGGGAGAAGAGGAGCCACUUAAACCGAAUGGAACCGAGACAUUGGGCGAUGGCACAAUUGAGAGCGCCGAGACUGCCACGCCUGGUCCCACGACCCCAUCCAAAGGCAAGGCUGCCAAUAGUCAUGCAAAACUCACCAGAUCUGUGAACCGAAAGUCCAUUGUGGAGCAGCUUGAGGUUGUUUUUUCUGCCGACAGUCCAACGAAGACCCAUCAGACGAAUGGGGUGGACAACAACCAGGUCGAGCUGAACGGCACUGACCGAGACGGGGAUGCAGUCAUGAAGUCGUGA